UUGUUUGCUUGCUUGUUUAGUUAGUUAGUUAGUUAAGGCAGGAUUUCGCUAAGUUACUGAGGCUGGGCUCGAUUUUGCGAUCUUCCUCGCCUCGGCCUCCUGCUGGAAUUACCGUUUUUGAUAGGCAAAUACUGCCGCCUGCUGCGCCCCUCAGUAUUCCUCUGGGGGCGGGUCCACCGCUGGCUCCGCCCCCACCCAGGUGUCUACCUCUGUAGGUGCCCGGGAGUCUGAGAGAUCUGGGCCCUGGAGUCCUGAGGGCUCCUUGUCCCUACGCGGUCCGUGGGGAGCAGCAAUGAAGGAUGCCCAGGAGGACGCCCCUCAGUCCGACUCCUGCGCCUCCAGGUCCGAAGAGUAUGCGGGCUCGGCCCGGGGCCCCGAGGUGGGGCCUCCAGAGAAGGUGGAGGACUGUGGUCGGUCCCCGGAGGCGGCCUCCAAGAAACUUUGUGGGUAUUUACUUAAGUUUGGCGGUAAAGGGCCCAUCCGAGGCUGGAAAUCCCGCUGGUUCUUCUACGACGAGAGGAAAUGCCACCUGUAUUAUUCGCGGACGGCGCAGGAUGCUAAUCCCUUGGACAGUAUUGACCUCUCGGGUGCGAUCUUUGACUGCAAGGCGGACGCUGAGGCGGGGACUUUCGAAAUCAAGACCCCCAGCCGGGUUAUCACCCUGAAGGCCCCAACGAAGCAAGUGAUGCUGUACUGGCUGCAGCAGCUGCAGAUGAAGCGCUGGGAGUUCCACAGCGGCCUGCCUGCUCCUCCUGCUGCCCCUGACAGCGCCCCGGCUGGGAAUGGGCCUGACCUGCACGUGGAGCUAGAGCAAGAGGAGGCAGAGCUAAAGGAGUUCCUGUGCCCUGUGAAAACACCCACUGGACUUGUGGGCGCUGAAGCUGCCCUGCAGCCUGUCCCUGCCAUGCCCCUGGGCCUUCAGAACAUCUCCCUCAAGCACUUGGGAACUGAAAUACAAAACACCAUGCACACUAUCCGUGGCAACAAGCACACCCAAGGACCUUUGGUGGAAGAGGCUCCACAGAGUGGGGAGCAGCCUUUGACACCUGACUCCAGCACCCCAGGGAAGGAACCAGCAGAUUCUCCAAAGCCUGCACCCAAGUCCUCCCUGCCUGCCAGUCUCCUGCAGAAGACCAAGCACCAGAGCAACACCUUCCCAUUCCUUUCUGAAGGGCUCAUGCGGAACCGGACAGCUCAAGAGAAGGCAGUGGCCUUGGAGCAGCAGGUGCUGGUGCUCACCAAAGAGUUAAAGUCUCAGAAGGAGCUGGUGCAGAUCCUGCACAAGGCGCUGGAGGCUGCCCAGCAGGAGAAGAGGGCGUCCAGUGCAUACCUGGCUGCAGCUGAGGACAAGGACCGGCUGGAGCUGGUGCGGCACCAGGUGCGGCAGAUCGCGGAGCUGGGCCAGAGAGUGGAGGCCCUGGAGCAGGAGCGAGAGAGCUUAGCACACUCAGUCAGCCUGCGCGAGCGGGAGGUGCAGGAGCUUCAGGAACACGUGCAGCUGCUCAUGGACAAGAACCAAGCCAAGCAGCAGGUCAUCUGCAAGCUCUCUGAGAAGGUCACCCAGGACUUCACACAGCCCCCUGAUGAGCCCCGCUUGCCUCCCAACCCUGCUGACAGGGACCUCCUAAGCCAGCAGGAGAGGAUGGAGCACCUGAAGGAUGACAUGGAAGCAUACCAGACGCAGAAUCGCUUCCUCAACUCCGAGAUCCACCAGGUUACCAAGAUCUGGAGGAAGGUGGCCGAGAAGGAGAAGGCCCUGCUGAUGAAGUGUGCCUACCUCCAAGCCAGGAACUGCCAGGUGGAAAGCAAGUACCUGGCUGGGCUGCGGAGGCUGCAGGAGGCCAAGGCCGGGGAGUGCUCCGAGCUGCUGCGGCAGUUGAUCCAGGAGGCGCUGCAGUGGGAAGCCGGUGCAGCCUCAGCAGACAGUGUGGAGCUGAGCCCCAUCAGUGAGUAUGAUGAGUAUGGCUUCCUGACAGUACCUGACUACGAGAUGGAAGACCUGAAGCUGCUGGCCAAGAUCCAAGCACUGGAGGUGCGCUCCCACCACCUGCUGGAGCGCGAGGCUGUGGAGCGACCCCUGCAGCAGCGCUGGGCUGCCCUGGGCGAGCUGGCACCCUCGGCUGAGCUGAAGCAGCUGCUACGAGCAGGAGUGCCCCAUGAACACCGGCCCCGUGUCUGGAGGUGGCUGGUCCACCGCCGUGUCCAGCACCUGCACACCCCAGGCCGCUACCAGGAGCUGCUUAGUCAGGGUCGGGCCUGUGAGCACCCUGCUGCCCGCCAGAUAGAGCUGGACCUGAACCGGACUUUCCCCAACAACAAGCACUUCACGUGUCCCACCUCCAACUUCCCUGACAAGCUGCGUCGGGUACUACUGGCCUUCUCCUGGCAGAAUCCCACCAUCGGGUACUGCCAGGGCCUAAACAGGCUGGCAGCCAUUGCCCUGCUCGUCCUGGAGGAGGAGGAGAGUGCCUUCUGGUGCCUAGUGGCCAUCGUGGAGAGCAUCAUGCCAGCCGAGUACUACAGCAAGACUCUUAUGGCAUCCCAGGUGGACCAGAGGGUGCUCCAGGACCUCCUCUCAGAAAAGCUGCCCCGGCUGAUGGCCCACCUUGGGCAGCACCAAGUGAACCUCUCCCUGAUCACCUUCAACUGGUUCCUCGUGGUCUUUGCAGACAGUCUCAUCAGUGACAUCCUCCUGCGGGUCUGGGACGCAUUCCUGUAUGAGGGAACCAAGGUGGUGUUUCGCUACGCCCUGGCCAUUUUCAAGUACAAUGAGGAUCCAAUCCUGCAGCUGCAAGAUGGCCUGGAGAUCUAUCAGUACCUGCGCUUCUUCACCAAGACCAUCUGUGACAGCCGGAAGCUGAUGAACAUCGCCUUCAGUGACAUGAACCCCUUCCCCAAGAAACAGCUGCGGCAGCUGCGGAUGGCCCACCGGCAACGGCUGGAGGCUGAGUUGCAGGAGCUGGAGCUGCUCAAGGCGCAGUACCUGGAGAGGCAGGCUCCCCGGGACGACAGGAGGCCUGACGGGGGCGCCAGUGAGGAGGAAGGGGAGGGCGACACCUGACUGGCCACUCCUCCCCAAAGCCUUUCUCACCCCUAGAUCUUGGCAUGGACCAGGGCUCCAGAGCCAUCUCCAUGUAACCCUGAACAAGUCCCUUCCCUCCUGGGGCCUCGGUCUCCCCAGCAGGACAUUGUGGUGAAGCCAUUGGCUGGAUUACCUCUCCAGGGGCGCUGACUCAAGGAUGCCCCCCAGGCUCCCCUCCCCACAGAGCCCUGGAGCGUUCUCUAAGUUAUAGCUAUAUAAAGCAGUGUCAGUGUGGAAAUCACUCACCAGCUUUGGAACUUAAA